CCAACAGCAACGAGAAGCGGGUCAAUCAAUUGCUUCAUCUUUGACAAAACCACCACGAACCCCCCCUUCGUUGAACGGCACCCAACCCACCAGCCACUCACCAUGAUUGCCCAGCGCCAGGUUAUGCGGUUCGCCGCCCAGCUGCGCACCCAGGCCCAGCGCCGCCUUGCCAGCACCGAGCACGCCGGCGAGAACGCCUUCGUCCGUGAGCGCCGUCACGUCAAGGAGCACGCCAAGGGCACCACUGAGCUCUGGCGCAAGAUCUCCCUCUACACCGUCCCUCCCGCCCUCAUCCUCGCUUCCCUCAACGCGUACAACCUCUGGAACGAGCAUUGGGAGCACUGGUCUCACAUGCCCCCUCUUGAGGAGCGUGUCGAGUACCCCUACCAGAACAUCCGCACCCGCAACUACCAGUGGGGCGAUGGUGACAAGACCCUGUUCUGGAACGACAAGGUCAACUACCACAAUAAGGACAAGGAGGCCUAA